AUGCUCCUCCUGCACCAAACAGGAUCUGUCAAGGUCGGCGAAGUCGUCAGAUAUACAUUGACCUACACUCCUAGCCAUGACCGCAUCCUUCCCCCUCCGGCACAUCUGUAUGUCAAGAUCAAGAACACGGCUGCGAUCCCCCUGCGCGCCGCAUACCUCCAUGGCCCUUAUACUCUCUACGUUGCCUGCUAUCCUUCGACGUUCAAUCCUUACAAAAAGCAUGACAGAGUCAAGGAAGAGGGGGCUCCGGACUUCGAACCACAGUUGAAAGCCGGGGGGCAUUGGUAUGCAAGAUUAACCGUCCCGGAGGAAGUACGGAAUGACGUCCAUCCUCCUGGCGCCGGCCGGAGCGAGGCAAGCAGGUCAGAGCGAAAGAGCUUCACAUGGAUUAUCGAAGUGACUUCGCAAAUCAUCUUCUCCCGAACAGCCUCAGUGCCGUUUGAAGUCCUGGUCGGGCGUGACGAGAAGUCGAUCGAACUCGGCUUCCAGGGAGUCAUCGCAUCGGGUCAGGGGUCACCAGGAAUACUAAAAGAUCACCGACAAGGCAAACCCACGCAUGCUGCGCAACCUAAGGGCGUGUUCUCCAAAGCAGUUAGGUUGGCGGUUGACGACACCGAGAGUCUUUGGAAUACCCCGCCGUUCCCGGAGUGGGAAGACAAUGGCGAUGUCAGAGUAGAGGAAGGCCCUCAGCAUGGAGAUAAGCGGGACGCGGCGGCCAAGAGCGGGAACAAGCAGCGGAAACAGAAGAAGAUCCAUCUCGUUCUGCUCACGCACGGCCUUCACAGCAACCUGGGCGCGGAUAUGCUCUACUUGAAAGAAAGCAUCGAUACAGCAGCCAAGCAGGCUAGAGAGGAUAGCAAGCAUCGACGGGCGGAAAGGAGGAGGAUGCGAGCGACUGAUUCAAGUCAACUCAAACAACACCAACGCGAUGAAAGUGCAAGAUCACCACCACAAAAUGCGGAGACAUCGGCUGACGAUGAUGCGGAAGUGACCACAGAUGACGAGGAGGAUGAGGAACAAGUGCUCGUCCGUGGCUUCAACGGCAAUACAGUCAGGACGGAACGUGGAAUCCAAUAUCUCGGCAAACGCCUUGCAAAAUACGUGCUUUCAGUCACGUAUCCAGAUCAACCUUACCUACCAGCUAAGAGCGCGAAGGGGAAGGAUCUGACAAAGUCUUGGACAGGAUCGAAGCUGACACCACAGAGUGGAACAGAACCAGCACACAAGCACAGCAGUAUCAUCAAGGACGAGAACCACCGUGACCACCAUCUACCGUACCGAAUCACCAGCAUCAGCUUCGUUGCUCACUCACUGGGCGGACUUGUACAGACAUAUGCCGUUGCGUACAUUCAAAAGCAUUCGCCGGAUUUCUUUGACCUGAUCAAACCCAUCAGCUUCAUUGCACUGGCCACUCCUUUCCUGGGGUUGAGCAACGAGAAUCCGGUCUAUGUCAAGUUUGCACUCGAUUUUGGACUUGUCGGGAGGACUGGGCAAGAUCUGGGUCUGACAUGGCGCGCACCCACCCUGGCGAAAAGUGGUUGGGGCGCCGUGAUAAGUGGCUUGACCAGUGAAGCACAAAAGGCGCAUAAAGAGCCCGACCCUGGAGCGAAGCCUUUGCUGCGCGUGCUUCCGACGGGUCCGGCACACGUGGCUCUCAAGAAAUUCCGAAAUCGAACAGUCUAUUCGAAUGUCGUCAAUGAUGGGAUAGUGCCCCUAAGGACGUCUUGCCUUCUUUUCCUCGACUGGAGAGGGCUAGGACGAGUCGAGAAAGCCAGACGAGAGAAUGGCUUGGUGGGCACGAUGGUCAGCUGGGGUUGGGCAGAAAUGACCGGCCAAAAUGCCGCAUCUCCUCGGAAGGCAUCAACUUGGAAUGAUUUGUACAGUGACAGUGGCGACGAGAGCAAUCAUGACAAAUCCCCAUCAGAUCCGGAGUCAAGUGUUCCCCAAGCAGAGGCAAGUCAAGGGCUUGACGACGAUCAGAGAGCUGAACCGAAACCGAGCCAAUUUCUGGGAAAGCAGUCUGGGCAGGAUACCGCUCAGGAAGGAAAUGGGAGUGCUACGGCGACCUCAGGGCCGAACUUGUGGACUGGUUUGUUGAAUUUGUUCAAGCCUCAAGCCGGUCAUCAGAAGCCUGAGCCAAAAGGUCCUCGAAAGGUGCAAAAGAUCUAUCGACGCGGCCAGACAACGCAUCACGAUGAUGACGCCUACGAGCAAAGCUCGGGUGACCCUUCUCAAGAAACUCAGGAGGAGGGCUCGGGCAAUGAAGGGAAUGGCGACAGGAAAGGCUUGGUCCGAGGAUCGUCUGUGUACACCGACAAUUCGGAGAAUGGCGAAGUCGAAGCUCCCCCAAGAACAUCUUUCUUUGAAUCCGCCGGGGAUCUUCUCAACCCGCCAUUGCCGACGCGAGAGUUCAUCCUUGAUCCGGGCGCCCGGCCUAGGACGAUCUGGCAUGACCGUGUCUACCAUCCUGACGACAUUCCACCUCCACCAGCCAAACGUCAGCGAACAUUUAUGAUGAUACGAACGGGUUCGCGGGAUGACACGAACAAAUCCUCCGAGUCUUCUAGCGACUCUGUUAUACCAGAUUCAAAUCAGUCAACCGGGUCGAACCAGGCGGUUGGAGCAAUGAAAAUCGAAGAGAAGAUAGCACGGGCAUACCACAAGGAUCUCUCAUGGCGCAAAGUCCUUGUGCGACUGGAGCCGGAUGCUCACAACAACAUCAUCGUGCGCCGUAUGUUUGCCAAUGCCUACGGAUGGCCCGUUGUCAAGCAUGUGUGUGAUACCCACUUUGCGUAUACUGCGGCGGCGAAGACCCGCGAUGAAGACGAGCCAAACGUGGAACGAGCGAAGUCGACAGGCUCAGCAAUGAAAGAGGAUGGAGAGCAGGUUGAAGGGCAAACGGAUUUGCCGGCCGAGGAAGACGGAGGGACCCAUCGCAAGGAGGGAAGCAAAGAACAAGAUGCGAACCGACGGCGAGGUUCCGAGGAGGUCAUUGUGACAGCUGCCAGCCCAAGGGAACAUGAGCAUGGUGCUCAAGAUUUGCAAAGGCUACACACCAAAUGGGAGGUGCGCCAGCGCUUGGUUCGCACUGAGUCUGAGACACGCGAAUCUCGUGAUGACAUAUCCGAGCUUGUGUCCAAAAUCAGUGUUGGCGGCGAGAGCAGCUACGACGGCAUGAACUCGGGCAAAGCUGCUCUAUCGCGGCUGGCUAGGCAGGACAGCGCCAGAUGGAGCGAUCGCUUUUUCGAGGGUAGUGAUGAUGGUGAAGAUGAUGGAGACGACGAUUCCGUUCUUGUCAAUGAGAUAAGGAAAGCUCGAGGCCGGGCCGAGCGGGACAAAUUGAACGAUGACUAUGACGCGGGCGAAGAGUUGGAGCCGAAAGUGGCGUCCGCCUUGACCUCCAGCCCUCAGAGUACGGGGCUCGUCCCGGCCAAGGAGGCAGCCGAAAACCCGCAGCACAAUGAUCAAGAAGGAAACCUGGUUGUGGAGCCGGACGCGCCGCUGACAGAUGAGCCGGCUGAACUGGAGGCUCUGUCGCAUUCGUCGGAGAGCAGUACGCCACACCAGGUACAGCGAUCCGAGGAAGACUUGCAGCCGGGAUCGGCCGCGUCAAGCAGUACGCCAGGGAAGGGAAUUGGCUUGGCAUUGGCCGACAAGGUGGAAGACAGGAUGCACCGUGAGACGGCUGGAGGCAGUACGAAUCAUGGAAGUGUUGGGAGUGAAGGACGUGGCAGUGUAGGCAUCGUUGAACAAGUUGCGUUGGCGCAAAGCAAGGACCACCAAAGGGAUGAUCAGCAGGAAGGGUCUGGAUAG